GAAUGUCAUGUCACCAAACAAACUGCUAGGAGAGUAGGUAAAUUAGAUCGGACCCAAGUCUGUGUAGGAAUAGUUGAUAGGGCGUGCGGAGGAAAGAGAGAGAGAGGAGAGAGUGAUACGAUGCGAUGGCUACCACUGAUAAGAUGCAGGUAUUCCCAUCGCGAGCAAAUGCGGUGCUAAUGAAGCAAAAGAUUCUGGCCGCCAAGCGUGGCAUGAAUCUGUUGAAGCGGAAACGCGAUGCGAUCGACAUGAAGCUGCGCGAGAUUCGUACCCAAAUGUCCGACAAGGAGGAGCUGGUGGAUGAUACAAUGCGUACGGCUAUAUUCUCGGUGGCCAAGGCCAAUCUGCUUGGCACGGACCUGAAGCCCGUAAUUGUGGCAGACAGCCGAGUGGCGACUGCAUUUCUGCGUAAGCGUCAGCAAAAGAUUGUUGGCAUCAAUCUGAACUACUUUGAGCUGGAGCUCAAUGAGCAAGGUGCCUUCCCGCUGGCCGGCCUGAGCUGUGGCGGCCAGCAAGUGCAGCGGGUGCGCAAAAAUUUCCAGCAGGCGCUGCAGGAGAUUGUCAGCUAUGCAUCCAUGGAGUACACGCUGCGGAUGCUGAUGCAGGCAUCGCGUCAAACGAAUAUGCGAGUGAAUGCACUGGACUGUGUGGUCAUACCACGUCUGAUCAAGACCUCAAAUUAUGUCGACGGUGAGCUGGAGGAGUUCGAACGCGAGGAUUUCUAUCGGCUGAAGCGAUCGCAGGCCAAGCAGCUGGAGGCAAAGAUCGCCUUCUCGGAGCUCAUCAAGACGAAGAAUAUGUCGCCCGAGGAACUGGCCGAUUAUAUUCAACGUGCCGGCCUCCUGCAUCCGGCUGCCGAUGUCGCAUUCGACUUGGAUGUGUUCGAGGAGACAAGUCUGGAGGAACGCAUGCGUAGGGCGUUCUAUCAACGCCACUCGCAGUGGCGCAACACAAUGAGGCCAGCAGGAUCUGAUGCAUCUAACGACGAUAUCAAAGAACACACACAUCUCACACGCAGUGCUGCCCAGUUUAUGCAGCGCACCAUCAAACGGGAUCCACGCUCCAGCAGGGUGAGCCUAUUUGCUCUCCCCAAACGUACCGAAAAGCCGCCAAGUCCAUCGACAUCAUCCUCAUCCAACACUGAUUAGGUUUUUGUUUCACUUGGUUUUUUUUUUUUUGGCAUCCAUUUCAAAUACACAAUUAGACAUGAGAAAAG